AUGUCGUUUGGUGAGAUGAGCAUUACUCUGGAUGACGUCUUUUGUCUGCUUCACUUGCCCAUCAGGGGAGUGUUCUGGCCCCCACAACAUAUCACAGAAGCGACUGCUGUUGGACUUGCUGUUGAUUACUUAACAGUGUUACAGUAUAAGGCGCAAGAACAUGUCCGUCAUUGCAGGGGUUCUUACUAUAAGAUGGAGUGA